AUGUUCUCACAGGCCAUAAUCUUCUUCCUUGCAGCCGCAUGUUUCCUCGCGCCAGCCGAAGCCCAAUUCAACCAGAAAUGGACGUGGCACGCCAGUACUAACGGCAAUCCAACCCCCAAGUGGCGACCACUCAACUCCGGUGCGUGGCUGGACGUCGUCGGGUUCGGCACCAAGGCGGUCUGGCUGGACUAUAACUGUUACUGGAUGCCCGCCAUCUGCCAGAACGCACGCAACUACUUCAACACGCCGGCGGGCCAAGACCGCAACUGGCCCACUGCCUUCACCUAUGACUUUGAGAAGACACGCUCCGAUGAAGAGACCAAAGGUCGGCGGUCCUACGCUUGCCCGAGCAGCAAGACCUCCUCCGACAAAUCCAAGCAGUGGAAGUUCUUCCACUCGUGCCCCGAAAAAGACCAGCCGAUUCCCAUGCGCUCCAAGCUCACCGCUCGCCAGGGUGAGUGGCACCACACGGAGCUUGAAUAUCCCCUCGUUCCAGGCGAACAGAUCAUUAAGAGCUAUCAGCCGGCUGACGGCAGCGCGGCUGUUCCCUCAGGACUGAGGUACAGCUGCGACGAGUUCCCACCCGCAUCUUGGGUCGAGGGCGGCUCAGGCAUCAACGGCGGCGGCGACGUAGCGCUCACGCGGUGCGCGCCCAUUGGCGAGUGCAUGGGCGUAGCCGGCGAGCAGAACUGGCAGGGCCUCAUCCACAAUCAGCUGCGCAUGAGCAUCCUCAAGAUCAACCGGCUUCCGAAGGAGAAGACCGACACGGCGAAGGAUGUGAGGGCGAGCAAGGCGGGUCUGUUCUUCCUGCGGCUGUCCAACGGUGGCUUCUCGGAGCCCGCUGCACGCGUGCUCAUCAAUGACGGCGGCGUCGAGAGGGUGGACAAGAAGAUCACGCCACGGCCCGGGCGGAGGCGCCGCUCGGCGGCGAAUAUGGAUUUUGGCAUUUUUGAGUUCAUGAACUGGGCCAACAACGUCACCGUGGAGGAACUGCUAUCUGGCAACGACACCCAGUCUACCGAAUUCCAGCUGCUCAACGGGACCAUGCAGACGGUGGUGCGGAAACGGGUGCAGCAGUUGGCUGUGAAUGUCCAGUAG